AGCAACGACUUUAGGGUGCUUAAUCCACUCGUAAAAUUGGAGCAUUGUUCUUGAAGUGCUGGAUAGUACGGUCCUUCAAUAAAAAAAAAUACUAAAAUAAAAAAGAAUAAAUUGAACAGCAAUUUAAAUUAAUUAGGCCAAUUCCAUGUUAAUCUCUAUCUUACCACCACCAAUAACUCCACAAUUUUCGAUUUGUUCCCUCUCUAAAAAUCACCCAAGGAAAAUUUUACUGGUCGCCAAAUCUUCUCGCCGGAAAUAUCGCCGGAAACUUCUAGAAGGUGAUAUGUCAGUCUCCAUUGCUAUGCCGCAUCGCCGUGAUAAAGAUGACGAGCCGUUUCUUGCUUCUGUAAAUGACUCUAGAGAAGGAAAUUUCUUAACAACUGAUGUGGAGAAUGAGUCAUUCACUACGAGUAAAAUUCCAGUCAAGCGCAAGAGUAAAUCUAAUAGCUGGUUUAGAUUAUUUGGUGUGGACAUGUCACCAGAUACAAUUGCCGUUGCUAUGGUUUACUUUGUUCAGGGUGUUUUAGGCCUAUCAAGACUUGCUGUGAGUUUUUAUUUGAAAGAUGAUUUGCAUCUAGAUCCAGCAGAGACAGCUGUGAUAUCUGGAUUCUCUUCAAUUCCAUGGCUUGUCAAACCACUUUACGGAUUUAUAAGUGACUCUAUGCCUCUUUUUGGGUACCGGAGAAGGUCAUAUUUAGUACUAUCAGGGCUUCUUGGUGCAUUUUCAUGGACAUUGAUGUCUACUAUUGUUGACAGCAAAUAUAGUGCUGCUUUCUGCAUACUUCUUGGAUCUCUUUCAGUUGCUUUCUCUGACGUUGUUGUAGAUUCCAUGGUUGUAGAAAGAGCUCGUGGUGAGUCACAAAGUCUUUCAGGUUCUCUUCAGUCAUUAUGUUGGGGAUCUUCAGCGUUUGGUGGUAUUGUGAGUGCCUAUUUUAGUGGCUCUUUGGUGGAUGCUUAUGGUGUAAGAUUUGUUUUCGGCGUCACUGCAUUGCUUCCUUUAAUCACAUCUGCAGUUGCUGUUCUGGUUAAAGAACAACGUGUCAUUGGGCCUGUGUGGAACUACAAUCGUAGUUCUGAAAGCAUCAAUUUACUGGAAAGCUUCAGCCAGAGUGUUGUCCAGUUGUGGGAAGCUGUCAAGCAGCCAAAUGUAUACUAUCCAACCUUGUUUGUUUUUCUGUGGCAGGCAACACCGCAGUCAGAUUCUGCCAUGUUCUACUUUACAACAAAUAAACUUGGCUUUACCCCUGAAUUUCUUGGACGGGUAAAACUUGUAACUUCUAUUGCAUCACUGCUUGGAGUUGGACUCUAUAAUGGAUUUUUGAAGAAAGUUAGUCUGAGGAGGAUAUUUUUGGCAACAACUAUUUCUGGAACUGUUCUUGGAAUGACACAGGUUCUACUUGUAACGGGAUUGAAUCGUCUAUUAGGUAUCAGUGAUGAGUGGUUUGCUAUGGGAGAUUCCUUGAUCCUCACUGUUCUUGCCCAGAUUUCAUUUAUGCCUAUCCUUGUUUUAGCUGCAAAAUUAUGUCCAGAAGGGGUGGAAGCAACUCUCUUUGCUACAUUAAUGUCUAUAUCAAAUGCUGGAAGUGUAUUAGGAGGCUUGAUUGGUGCUGGCUUGACCCAAGUCUUUGGUGUCACCAAAGACAGAUUUGAUAAUUUGGCUGCCCUCAUUAUUCUAUGCAACCUCAGCUCAUUGUUUCCGUUGCCGCUGCUUGGCCUUCUCCCUUCAGAUGAUUUCGAGGGGAAAACGAAUGAAGAGGGUGACAUUGAAAUGAAGUCGAAUUGAACCCUCGAAUAAAUCAAAUGGAUGCAACUGCAUCAAGCAGUUUAACCCAGAUGCCCUUUGUUGAUUCUGGGGUAUGAAGCUUCGACCUUGCUGGUGCCUAUUUCAUUCAGAAGAUCGCGUCUUCUUUUCCUCGAUGAUUGAACAUAUCAGGUCUCUACUGAGAGAACCUUUACCUGUACAAUAUCUAAUAGAGAAUUGUAUUUUCAAAUUUCAGGAAACAAUAGUGUAUAGAUUAGUUGACAGACCGGUUGGGUAACCAGACUGAUCUUGAAGAAAACAAAAAAGAAAGCAUGUACAACUGGCGGACUAUGUUCUUUGAUUAUAAUGAUCUUCUUCGACAUGCCGGGGCAAUUUAGUUUAAGUUCAUCGCACCCGUUCGAAGUUGGGUUUUCCCUUUGGAUCAUUUGUGUACAAGACCAUACUUAUAAUUUUUCGAAAUUAGUAUUAGAAUCUGAUUUUCAUGUA